CCCAGAGCCCCAGAGCCCCAGAGCCCCAGAGCCCCAGAGCCCCGGCCGGGCGGACCCCGGGCACCGCGGGCGGCCGCGGCUCCGGAACGUGGCGAGCUGCUUAAGUGUCUUGCAAACUAGAGCGAACUGGCAAGCGCUUACAUUCUGCAGAAGCAGCCCGAGGGGAGCUGGCAGGAGUGGGAAGGAACUUUGGGCUAGCCUUGCCUUGGCCAGGAAGCCACGCUAUCAUUUCACAGGACUACAGCUCGGACUAGCAGAGAGGGUGGAGGAAUCAUGGUCAGUAAGGAAACCAGCAAAUGCGUACUCACGACGUCCGAGGGUGAAGUGGAACCUGCCGCCUGCCUGGCCCUGGAGAUGAAGUAUGCCCUGGAUCCCAACCGGCAGAUUAAAAAACGGAAUAAAGCCCUACAGGUGCGGUUUAAGGAUAUCUGCGAGGCGCAGAAUGAGCAGCGGGACGCGCAGCUCCCGGCGGGGCCGCCGGGCGACAGGCGGGAGGCCAAGCCCGCGUCCUCCAGGGCGGCCUACCGCAAGUACAUGACCGUGCCCGCUCGCAGGUCCAUCCCCAAUGUCACCAAGAGCACGGGCGUGCAGACCUCGCCGGACCUCAAAAAGUGCUACCAGACCUUCCCUCUGGACCGCAAGAAAGGGAACCUCAAGGGCAUCCCGGCGGCGGACGCCUUUAAAAGUCAAAACAACGGGUUCGGGCCGGACGCCAAGGACCAGCACGAGGAGGGCCCCGGGGAGGCCGGCCGGCCGUGGGGAGGCGGCCGGGUGCCCAAGGCGGCGGCCCCGGUGGCCCACUCGGACGAGCACGUGGACGCGCUGGAGCGGCCGGCCGCGGUCAACUGUGCGGAGCCGGGCGGCGGCCCUGCCGAGGCCAGCUGCCCAGACGGGGCCCUGCCCGACGCCCCGGGGCCCGAGCCCGCGCUGCCCGGGAAGCCGAGGCCCGGCCGCGCGACGCCGGACACCGACGAGGCCGCUCCAGCGGCCCACGGGACGCUGUUUAAGACGGAGGUGGCCGCCGUGUACGCGCCUGCCCCCGGGCCCCGGGGCCCCGAGGCCGCCUGGUCAAACCCCGGCGCCCCGGGCGAGCGGCCCCUCUGCCCGGCGGCCGAGCAGGAGCCCAGGAGGGCCGCGCGCCUCGACGGGCUCCGGGCCGCCCCGGGCCCCGCGGCCGCCUGCUCGCCCCCGACGCAGUGCCUGUCCCCCGAAUGUAGUGAGCAGCCCCCGCAGACUCGAGCCCCGCCGGGGGAGGAGAGCCAGCUUUGCCCCCCGGCCGCCGCGGCGGGCGAAGAAUGCCGACAAAUCGUGCCUCACACGGAGGUGGUCGACCUGAAAGCACAGCUGCAGGUGAUGGAGGACCUGAUCAGUUCCAGCCAGGAAACCAUCAAAGUGCUCUUGGGGGUCAUUCAGGAGUUGGAGAAAGGAGAAGCCCACCGGGAAGGGCUUUCAUAUCGGACUGGGCAAGACACAGCUAAUUGUGACACAUGCAGGAACAGUGCAUGUAUUAUCUAUAGUGUGGAGCUGGACUUUAAGCAGCAAGAAGACAAGCUCCAGCCAGUUCUGAAGAAACUCCAUCCUUUUGAGGAGACUCAGGUUGCACCUUCGCCUUACUCUCAGGAGCCCUACUCCGCUACUCCCAAGCAAAAAUCCAAACCCGAAUCUAAAAAGCACGGAAGAUGGAAACUCUGGUUUCUUUAAAACUCAUGGUGUGUGGAGUCUAAAGGCCGUCUUUAAAACCCACUGGAGUUAAGUAAAUCCUUUUCCAAAAUGAACAGGAUCGAGUGAGCCAUGGCUGGCUCGGGCGCCUCCCACUUCCCACCCUGCUUACCAAAAAGGCCUUUGUACCAACAGAUAAUGACCUUCAGAAGCAAGGUAGUAAAGGUCACACCUUGCCAGCUGUUCUUUGCAGUUCACGGAUGUGGGAUGUAAACUCUGAAAUGAAGCUUAUAUAGUCAAAGAUGAUAAGUAAAAAAAAAAAAUUCUAUGCCCCCACCCCACCCCCCAGAUCGGCAAGUGUUACGUUAUCAGCUCACGAGAGGGUGGGCUGUCACUCUGUACACAGCUAAAACUCAUAAUUAUUUUCAAGCCUUUUUUUUUUUUAAAUAAUGAGAAGAAAAAGCAAGCCUUAUGUUUGCAAAGGACUUCAUUUUUAUGUUUAAUUUUGCAAAUAAGCAGGGGGCGAGUGCAAUUUUCAGCACAUCAAAUUCUGGAGAAAGCACAAUUUUUUCAAGUGGUCGGAGACCAUAAAUAAUCUCUAAAAUGUGACUAUAUGUAUAUUUGCCUUCAUGUGCUGUAGCGCUAAGCCAAGUGACCACAUCUCAGUGUCACAUUGACACCUCAAACAGCAUUCUCUUCAUCUCCAGACCUGCGACAUGUUUACUGCUCAUUUUCCAAAUGGCCAGCAGCCAGGAGUCCCCCAAAGUCAGGACAUGCCUUUAAUCACUGCAAGUUGACAGGGUCAGAGCUAUUGGACACUAAGCUUUCUUAGAUCUCAUUUUUAAUCUUUUGGUACCCAAAGGCCAAAUGAUAAAUUCUGGCAAGAAUUUGAAAACACACAUAGAGAUACACAAUGGUUAAUACAGUCACCAAUAAAUCACAGGUGUUCUCUGCCACCGGAAAGUGUUUCUGUGGAUCAAUCUUUGAGACACGGUUCAUCACGAAAAGCACGACCGGACGUUUGAUACAACCUGUUCUGCUCUGAAACAACUGUGGAAGACCCGACCAUCUCAAAGAGAAACCGCGUGUUUAGUUUAGCUGCUACCAACAAACAAACUUAACGUCACCUACAUUUAACGUAUUAGUAAGUUGUACUCAAUGACAUACCUAGGGGAAAGCUGUGAAUCAAACGUUUUUAGGUAUUUUUUAAAUAAACAGUGACACUUAGAGUUCUUUUGAUUACACAUUGCAAUAUAAAUCUUAGUUCCUUUAUUUUUCCACUCAUUCUUUUGCACCUUUGCAAGUAUCUUUUUAUAGAAAUCAAAAGCCCCUCAUCUACAAAUGACUUGGUCUAUCAACUUUCUGCUUUACAUUAUAAGAGAUAGGGAAUCUUAUUUUGCCUUUUUUUUGUAUGACUUAAAUUUUGAAUAGUUUGUGAACAUACCAGGAAAUGCAGUCUUCACGUUUCUGUCCAGAAGUCUCACAUCUAAUCUAGUGCUGACAUGCACAUCUCAUUGAUUAGAUGCCAAAAACAAAGUGGCUGCCCUUGGUAAAAGGAUCUCUACCUGCAUUUUUCACAUUGGAGCUAUUUCUUGCCAUGUGUUUUCCUCCUGACUCAACAGCAAAUCUAUUUUAGUUCUAAGUGUUUUGAUUCUACGAGGACCUGGUGAUCAGCAGUCAGACCUGGACUUGAUAAAAAUGAAGAGUGUAUCAUGUAAGCAUCCUUUGGGGGUUACUCACACUAUACUGCAGAUGUACGCUUUAAUUAAAAGAAAAACACACAUCUUUUGUGGAAACACUACAUGAGGAUAGAAAUCCUUGAAUAUUAGUUAAACAGAAUUGAGAAAUAUUUUUGUGCGAGGAAAAGGCUAGACACGUUGAUCCUGUACCUUGAAGGAAGUGCAAUUGUUUCAUGUAGACAAAAAUUCAAAAAAAAUGUGUUUCAUGUAUUUUAUACUGUUUUUAACUGAAGUUAUAAAACUGUUUGCAACAAGUUAUAUCCCCUUGUGUUUUAAGAAUCCCGACUAUCUCAGUGAAUUGAAAUAAGGGUGUUAGCAGCUUUCCAAUUAGUGCUAUAAAUCUGUCUCAACAAGAGGGCAUCCUAGUAAACUGACAUCACUGUUUGAAAGCAGUCUAGACCAAAAAAAUAAAUAAAUAAAUUUUCAGAGUCAAAAUGAAAACUGAAGAUAACCUAAUCCCUAUUUAAAAAUAAGAGUAUCUUCAGAAUAGAAAAAAAAAUAUUUUCAAAAUCAUUUCAUAGUUUAAUUGCAAUGUGUCACUAACAGAUGCCGAUUCUUCUCUUAGAAAGAUUUAAGUAAAAAACUUUGAUACAAAACCGAGGUAAAAAGUACAGUGUUCCCUCAUAUGUAGAUGUACACAUGGCAUUACGUAUAGAGAUUAAAUUAUGAUACUUGUCAUUAAGUUCUUUAUUAAUUUUUAAAUAAAAAAUCAAAGGUAA